UUCAGUGAACAAUGGUUGAGCUUAGCCGAACCUAUUCCGAAGGUGUUCGCUUUCUCACUUCUCUUCAAGCCGCUUGACACUUUCUUCCUGCUCUCUUUUUAGUUCUUUCCUCCAUGAACAUCGACAAGAAUAUGAUAGGAGAUACUUCUCAGAUUGACAAUGAUGUUCAAUUGGUUCUUGAGCUUUCUAAAGGAGACCCUUUCUUGGGUAAAAAGAAGAAAGUACUAGAGGUUAUGGGUUUUGAUCCAGAAGGAUCAAUGAACAUUAGGAGCUCCUUCACUCCUGAUCAGUUAACCUCUUUCUUGAAUAUGAUGCUUCAACGAGCAAGAAUCAUAAACUUAGACGAGGUAGAACUUUACUUCAGUGAAGAUGCCAUUGAUCUAGGGGGUUUUACCAGUCUGAGGAAUGAGCUGGAAGCUCUAGAUUUAAUCCUUAAAGUCAUUGACAAGGUGCUGUCCAGUGGCAAAGGAGCGACGAUAAAUGUACUGCAAAAUCUGCGGGAUGUGACUCUUGAUAGGAUCCAUGAACUUGGAAAGAGCAAUGGUGAAGAGACAAGAAUUUUUAGAGAUUCUAACAGUGACAAGGAAAAGUGUCUCUUAGAGUGGGGUGUGAAGAAUGGUGUUAAGACAAAAUUAGAUAUAGCUCAUGUUGAAGGAGCUGGAAGAGGGGCAGUAGCAAGAGAAGACUUAGAAGUUGGAGAUAUUGCUCUGGAGAUUCCUCUAUCUGUCAUCAUUUCAGAGGACAUUUUGCAUGAAUCUGACAUGUUCCCUAUCUUGGAGCAAAUUGAUGGGAUUUCAGCAGAGACAAUGUUGCUAUUGUGGAGCAUGAAGGAGAAAUACAACCAGGGUUCCAAAUAUAAGUUAUAUUUUGACACAUUGCCAGAAGAAUUUAACACUGGUUUGAGCUUUGGUAUUGAUGCUGUCAUGGCAUUAGAUGGAGCUUUGUUGUUAGAAGAGAUUGUUCAAGCCAAAGAGCAUCUACGUAUCCAAUAUGAUGAGUUAUUUCCUGCAUUAUGCGAUUGCCAUCCUGAUGAAUUUCCACGAGAGCUGUAUACAUGGGAGCAGUUCUUAUGGGCUUGUGAGCUUUGGUACUCUAAUAGCAUGAAAGUUAUGUUCAGUGAUGGAAAACUGAGGACCUGCUUAAUUCCUGUUGCUGGCUUUCUUAAUCACUCGAUGUGCCCGCACAUAAUGCACUAUGGUCGAAUUGAUUCUACUACGAAUUCUUUAAAAUUUCCUUUGUCCAGACCAUGCAAUGCCGGAGAACAAUGCUUUCUUAGUUAUGGUAACUUCUCUAGUUCUCAUUUGGUAACGUUCUACGGUUUCUUCACUCAAGGAGACAAUCCCCACGAUGUUAUUUCACUUGAUAUUGAUGUUCCACAAGAUGAAGAUUGUGAGGGCGGAGGGGCAGCUUGUGAAUGGAACACUCACAUGGUUCGAGGAACCUGGUUCUCAAAGAAUCAUGCGAUCUUUAAUUAUGGGUUGCCACGACCUUUAUUGAAUCAUCUUCGCAGAGCUCGGACUCCAACGUGGGAGUCAAAUACUCUUACUCGGGAAAACUUAGAAAUUGAACUAGAAGUCCUUGGAGACCUUUGCUCUACCUUUGAAGGUAUGAUGGAAGCCCUUGGCGAAGCAACACUGGAUGACAGGGAAACACCCAUGUGGGAUGUAAAGCUUGCAUUGGAGUUCAAAGCUUUACAAAGGAGGAUCGUCUCCUCAAUUUUAACUUCAUGUUACACGGGCAGCAAGUUAUUAGAAUUGGAGUUGCACAAACGUAGUGUAGCACAGCUAUAAUCUGGUGUGCUUAAAACCGAUGAGUUUUUUAUAUACUCGUUUUUCUCUCCCUGAAUUUCAUCAACUUUAGUAAGUUUUGAUGGUUGACUGUUGCUCUUGGCAAAUUACCAGCGUCACUUAUCUUCUUUGCGUGAAAUUGUAGGCGAAGAAAUCAGUUCAUUUUUGUUUCUUGCCAUGUGAUGCAAUCGGAAACUUUGACCCAGUCGACCAUUUAGGAAUUGGAUGAAUAAUAUCACUUUUCCAUGUGGCUGUAUCACCGUGAUACUGAUCUAAAACCCAGAAUUCAGCACCCGAGUUGAGCUUUACAACUUGAUGUCUAUUAGACUACAAUAAAUUUGAAGUUGAUCAUACGAAUUGUUUUGCCGUACACUCCAUUCUAUACACUGCUACAUUUGCUGAACGUAUCUAUAUCUUGUGCAA